ACUUAGGAUUUGGGAGUGACGCGGAUAUGAAACCUAGUUUAUCCCUCUUUCCUUCGCUAUGAAAAAUAUUUGGACAAACUAGACUAACGACUGCCAACCCAAGUUAAUGAGCUAAUUAUGAAGAUGAUUCGCAUUAUUAGUUAAAGGCCUGGAACCCGCAGUGCGCACUAGUUGUAGUGAUUUAUCACCUCGGGAUUACUUGUCAGGGCCGUCCUCCGAGCUUUUGGGAUAACUUUGGAGAAGUUCUUUGUAUUCGAGAUAGUCGGGCAGCUUGGCCGACAAGCUGAACAUGGACUGGGGCUCAGAGCUUUGGGACCAAUAUGACAUCAUUGAAAAGCACACACAGUCUGGCCUGGAGCUUGUGGAGAAGUAUGUGAAAUUUGUGAAGGAGAGAACAGAGAUCGAGCAAAACUAUGCUAAACAAUUGAGGAACCUUUCAAAAAAAUAUAACAUCAAACGCAGCAGCAAAGAUGAACCAGAAUGCAGAUUGUCCAGCUACCAAUCCUUCUUGGACAUCUUGAAUGAGAUGAAUGACUACGCAGGGCAGAGGGAGCUAAUUGCUGAAAACAUGAUGAUGAACAUUUGCAUCGAUCUCACCAAGUACCUGCAAGACAUCAAGCAGGAACGGAAGAUGUAUCUGAUAGAGGCCAAGAAAGCCCAGCAGAGUUUGGAGAGCACCUACAAACAGCUUGACAGCAGUAAAAAGCGCUUUGAGAGGGAAUGGCGAGAAGCAGAGCGUGCAGCACAGUAUGCAGAAAAGACUGAUCAAGACAUCAAUGCCACAAAAGCGGAUGUCGAAAAAGCCAAACAGCAGGCCCAUAUGAGAGCACAUGUUGCUGAAGAGUGUAAGAACGACUAUGCUGCUCAACUCCAAAAAUACAACAAGGAACAGAACCAGUUCUAUUAUAUUGAUAUGCCACUCAUUUUCAAUAAAUUGCAGGAUCUUGAUGAGAAGCGGGUACGGAAGUUAGCGCAAGGCUACAUCUUGUUCUCAGACACAGAGAAGCAUGUGAUGCCCAUCAUUGGCAAGUGCCUGGAAGGCGUUACUAAAGCGGGCACUAAUGUUAAUGAGAGGAAUGACUCCAUGGUUGUAAUAGAACAGAACAAGUCAGGCUUUGACCGUCCUGGAGAUUUGGAGUUUGAAGACUACAGUCAAGGCAUCAACAGAGCCUCAUCUGACAGUAGUCUGAGUACUCCUAAAGGCCCAAUGGAUCUGCUGGGAAAGAACAGGAGCAAAAACUUUUGGCUAUUCAGCAAAAGGAGUAAGCUCUCUCCCGCUACACUCCCACCUUUCUCUACACCCCCUGCCCCCUCGCCCGCUAACGGACCCCCUUCCCCCAAGUUUGGCCGGGAUACGCUGUCGUACUGUUUGAAGGAGAUCAAUAAGACAGUCAAACCCAGAAUCUCCUCGUUCCGGACUCUUAGGAGAUCGCCUACGGUAACAGAGGACUUUGGCCAUCUUCCUCCAGAACAGCGCAGGAAGAGGUUACAACAGAAACUAGAAGAAAUAUUCAAAGAGCUGCAAAAGGAAGUAGAUCAGAGUGAGGCCCUGGGGAAGAUGAAAGAUGUUUAUGAAAAAAAUCCUCAAAUGGGAGACCCUGCCAGUCUGGCGUCCCAAAUCAGCCAGACAUCCCAGAAUAUAGAGCGACUCAGGGCAGAGCUCAACAAGUAUGAGACUUGGCUCACUGAGGCUGGAGGUCGGGAUACACCGCGCUAUAAAUCUCACACAUUCAACAACAACGGAGCCCAUGAUGUACACAGUCCUGAUGGAGCUCACUCUGAUGAAAGCACUCCUGAUGCCUCCCAAGCCAUCUACGCUGAAUUUGAUGACGACUUUGAAGAUGAGGAAUUAACUGCUCCUAUUGGGAGCUGCACAGCUAUGUACAACUUCCCAGGGGCCAGUGAAGGGACCAUCUCUAUGCAGGAGGGUGAGGUCCUGGCUGUUGUAGAAGAGGACAAAGGGGAUGGUUGGACCCGCGUUCGUAGGAAUAAUGGGGAUGAAGGUUACAUCCCUACAUCUUAUGUCACAAUCACCCUAAACAAAUGAUAUAACACACUCUAGCCACAAGAAGAGAUGAGCGCCGAAAAAAGAGCUGUAUGCAUUUCUUCCCAAUGGACCAAUCAUAAAGAAGCCGCAGCACAGUGGGCGGGACCACUGGUUUAUCCAGAGGAGGGUCCAAAUAAGGUUCUUUGAUUUCAUAAGAGAGGUGCCCCAAAUAGGCAGAGGAAUGGUGCUAACAUACCGUUCAUUAUGGCUCACAAAUCCAGCCUGAGGUAUUCUCAUCCAAGUUCAAAGAGACAUUAAACCAUAUUUUGUUAGGUUUUGAUGUAACAUCAGGAUCAUUUUGGGUUGUGGUUAAUAACUUGCAUGGAUCUAAGGCACCAUCAUGGUAGAACCGUGUGCCUCAUUCCAUAGCCUAAUAAGGCAUUAGUUUCUGAAAGACAUAGAGGAGGAGGAGGAAGAAGAUGAGUGCUGCUGCCAUCUUUACACUGAGUGUUAGUACCAGUAACAUUUAGGAGGAAGUUACCUCACCUGUUUACCUUUUUCAGUUAACGCUGACCUGCUCUAACUCAUAGCAGUCCACUCCACAUUUGAACACAUAUGUUCACAGCUCUUCCUUGCUUUCCAUAUUCUUCUAAUAGCACUUGCAGAGAUGUAUGGCACUAUCACUUUGCUCAUGCUAGAAGCAAAAAUCAUGAGUACCUCAGCAGAGUUACUGAGGUAUACAGGAGAUGUUUUUGGUUUGUAGAAAUUUGUGGAACCAGAGAUGUUGACAGCGCUCCUAUUGAAAAAACCACAGGUACACAAUUUCAGAGUCUCUUAAAUAUUCAGACAAUCACAGCCAUAUCAUCAUUAAUUUAAUUUUCAUCCUAUAACCAUAACAAUGAUCUAUGAUAAUAAUUUAUUACAUAAGUCUAUGUUCUAUAAAUACGAUUUUCAAGUUUCAGAAGUUUGUGUUAAGGAUGUCUUCAUAUUGUUCUUUUCCCCUUGGACAAGUAGUGGACAGUCUGGAGCCACAAAAGGGAGUAAAUAUUGCACACAUAAAAUGUGCUACAUUAAGACUAUUGUAUUUAUGUAAUAAAUAAUAUAUAUUUUAGGUAUCACAACACCACUAUUGUCUUAUUAGCUUUUAACCAUGCAAAUAAAGGUUGUCGUGACAGAAAAGUAAAUGUCUCUAAUGAUGCUGCAGAUAAUGUUGGUUUUGUUUGGAUUUACUUAACACCUUCGCAGGUCAAUCCUUAGUCUUGGUUUUAUGUUGUUUUGGAGCCAGCAGGAAGCACUACUCUUCAAAUAACUGCUCAUGUGUCUAUAGUGCCUUAUUGUUGUCAUUGUAAGGAUUCUGUAUAUAUCAUUUAUACCAAGAUAUGUUGUGUUUUUAAAGGCUUAAUAAAUGUAAAACACAUUUCAGGUUAGAAGUGGUUAUAUCAUUUCUGGACUGGAAAAUAAAUAUUUGAAACAAA